AAUGUUCUAAACAUUUAUUUUAUUUUUUUCAAAAAGAAUUAGGCAAUUACCGAUGUGAAAUCAAAGCAGUUUCACAAUGUUGCAGAAAAGUUUAACACACAGCCAUCUCAGAAACGCAUUUACUUUUUUGAGACGCACCUCAACUGCUGCACAAGUUCAAGCCGCAUCACCAAAUUUACCUGAAGCAACCGAUGUACCUAAAAAAAAUCCACUGGAACAUCAAGACUACUUCCAAAUUCACAAUUUAUUCACAGUGAAGGAUUUAUUUGAUGCCAGAGUACAUUUUGGACACAAAGAGGGUUCUCUCAAUGAUUAUAUGAGGCCUUACUUAUAUGGCUCUAGAUUGGGACAUUUGAUAUUUGACUUGGAUAUUACUGCAGACCAUUUGAGAAAGGCUCUUAAUUUCACUGCCCAUGUUGCAUACAGAGGUGGAAUCAUAUGUUUCUUUAACAGAAAUGCUUUGAAUGCUCAUUUAGUUGAAAAAACUGCUUUAGAGUGUGGAGAAUAUGCACAUACAAGAUUCUGGCGUGGUGGGAUCUUUACAAAUGCUAAUCAUCAAUUUGGUGCAGUCACUAGGUUGCCUGAUUUAUGCAUUUUUUUGAACACACAAAAUAAUAUUUUGAACCAGCAUACAGCUGUAAGAGACAGUGCAAAGUUACUCAUACCUACUAUUGGUAUUGUUGACACUAACUGCACUCCUAAUUUAAUUACUUACCCUGUGCCUGGUAAUGACGACACGCCAGUUGCCAUAGAACUAUACUGCAAGCUAUUCAAAGCUGCCAUACUCAGAGGCAAAGAAGAAAGAAUGAAGUUUUUGCAAGAAAACAAUUGAAUAAAUGAAGUAUUAACUAGCAUUAAAAUAUAGGCAUCAAAACAACUUAUUAGUUUUAUUUCUUUAUGCAAUGACUGACUUAUAAUUUAAUUUUUUAAAUGAAGCAAGUACAUGAAAAGUCACUAC